AUGAACCGUAUUUCCUGUGCCGAGGUUUUUAUAAGUUUGUGUAGUAAAAGUGAAAUUAUAGUUAUUGUAUGCUACCCACAAAGAUUGUGUGCGGCAGGUGAUCAAAUCAAUGCUGAAUCCGCCAAUCAACAGGAGUCUGCAGUUUCAGAGAAGGUGGUCUUUCUGGAGCCAGCACCAAGCAAUUUCAGCCUUCCCUCAAUCAUUCCGGCGUGCAAGAAGUCCAAAGAUGGUACACACGUUCAGAGCCACCCCGAAGUGACGGCUAUCUCCAAGCGACCCCUCAGCGAGGUGGCAAAUAGCGCUGCUCGCGUCCACAAGGAACAGCCAGUGGAUAGCGAUGCACGGCAACUUGCCCAGGGCAAGGCCAAGCCGGCCUGCUGGCGUGAUCUCUAUUGGCAUCUCGUUGGUAGCCGCGGCCUGAAGACCGAGGAGGAAAAGGUGCGAGCCCUCUUCACAUGGAUCUGCUCUACGUCGCUGGACAGGCAGCUCUUUCCCUCCGCAGUCGAGGAGGAUGACGCUCACAAGGUUAAGGGCAAAGGAAAACAUCAAGUCGACUCACCGGAUGUGGUUCUGCCCAAACUCGUCGAAGGAAGGGCUAACUACGUCCAAGUAAGUAUCAAGUACAAUAGGCAAUAUGUUUGCAAGUGGAUGGUCUCGUCAUCCAAGCAAUUUUAA